AUGAGGACUCGACCCGAGAGCCAAAGUUGUCAAGUGUACUGCGUCUGUGGACAUGGAGCCUCCAUCUGUCACCCAUGCAAAGGAGAGGGGCAGUGGAAGAAGCCCACCCAGUCACUGAGCUCCCCCACGAAGCCGGAGGAUAAAACAGAGGAGGCGGAGCCGUCUCCCAAGUGUGGCUCACUGAGGAGAUGGACCCUGCGUCUCCUGCCUUUCUUCCCCUUCACCGCAGCCAUCACGUUGACCUGCCACUACUUGACAUCUCUACCUUCCUCAGUGUUCUACCUGGGCGGCAGUGUGGAGUUGACAAACCUGAGCUUCUCGUCUGAGCUGGCAAACUCCUCCUCCCCUCAGUUCCACCUGCAGGCUCAGGCUCUGAACCACUAUUUCUCAGACCUCUACAAGUCAUCACGGUGGAGCUCCUACUACCUGCGCUCAGGAAUUACUGCCUUCAGUGAAGGAGCAGAGGGGCUCACCGUCUUCUACUGGGCCAAGUUCUCCGCCCCGCAUGAUGUGGCCGUGGCCAUCCGGAGGAGCAGCCCCGAGAAGCUGCAGCGCCGGCUCCCGGGCAGCAACAAGGUGCUGUGGGACACUCGCCACGAGCAGCGCUACUACAUGGAGCAGGACGACAGCACGCUCCACCUGCUGGGUUUGGACUCUGACGACUUUGAAUCUGAGGAGAAGUCGGACAAGAUUAAGAAUCCUAACAGCAUCCAGGGCGGAAAGUGGCAGCUUGGCUUCCAAGCCAUGUCCUUCGACCUUUAUGCCAAGUACGGGAACAAUCGCACCCUCAGUCUCGUGAGCCCCAAAAAGCUGUACUACCAGUGGCGUCUGCGAGUGCCCUCGGGUCAUGUGGUGCGGCUGGUCAUUCUCACCCUUCAUGGCGCCACACCAGGAAGCUGCAGCGCUCACAAGCUCUCGGCCUACGACUUCCUGCUUCCUCUGCAGAAUAAGAUCAUCGCCAGGUGGUGUGGCCUUCCCAUUUUAGGCUCCUCCCCCGUCAUGAAGCUGACGUCCUCCGGGAAUGUCAUGUUGGUCACCUUCUCCUUCAGCAGGCAGAGAGACGGGGCCGUGUUUAAAGCCUACUUCCAGGCCAUUCCCAAAGCAGCAUGUGGAGGCUCCAUCUCUUCCUGGAACGGCUCCAUCUCAUCACCACACUAUCCUUCUUUCUACCCGCCCAACGCUGACUGCACUUGGACGCUAAGAGCUCCGUUGCCUGGAUACCUGAUCUCCGUUACGAUCGUGACCAUCGACAUCCAGGAGUCCCCGUCCUCGGACGAGUGUGAGAAGGACUGGCUGGACGUCGGAGGCCUCAAAUUGUGUAACCCGGUGUCAGACAGCAGCAGGAAGAGGGUCCACCCGUCGCCUCUGUCCCUCCACUUCCACUCGGACGAAUCACUCACUCACAAGGGCUUCCACCUGCUCUUCAGGGUGCUUUCUCCAGAGGGAUCGUGUCCUCGCCAGUUCCGCUGUGGAGACGGACGCUGCGUCCCUCUGAGGAAAGUGUGUGAUGGAGUCCGAGACUGUUCAGACGGACGGGAUGAAGCCAAGUGCUCGCCCUGCAGGCCGGGGGAGGUGCUGUGUGCCGGAGGUCAGUGUAAAGCUCACAGCAGCCAGUGUGGCAGCUCCUGCGCUGACAGCAGCGAAGAGGGCGUGUGUGCAGGUAAAUGUUUCCACACGUGCCCGGGUCGAGUGUGCCUGCCCAAGUCGUCGGUGUGCGACGGCGUGGUCCACUGCAAGGACCGCAGCGACGAGCUGAACUGCACCCGAGCCUACGUCAAGGGCUGCUCCCCCUCCUCCUUUAAGUGUUCCAACGGCAAGUGCGUGAGCAAGGCCAACCCGGAGUGCGACUGGGUCAAAGACUGCUCCGACGGUUCCGACGAGCUGCGCUGUGCCUGCGGCAUCAGGCCCAGGAAGCGCACCAAGAUCGUGGGGGGCUCUGACGCCGGGACAGGGUCCUGGCCCUGGCAGGUCAGUCUACAGAUGGAGCGCUACGGACACGUCUGCGGAGCCACGCUGGUUUCCAACCGCUGGCUGGUCUCUGCCGCCCACUGCUUCCAGGACUCGGACACCAUCAAGUAUUCUGACGCCCGGGCCUGGCGAGCCCACAUGGGGCUGAGGGUCAUGACCGCAGGGGCCACAGGUGCGGCCACCAGGCAGAUACGACGGAUCCUCCUCCACCCCAAGUACGACCAGUUCACCUCGGACUACGACAUCGCCCUGCUGGAGCUGAGCGCCGCCGUCUUCUUCAGCGACCUGGUGCAGCCCGUGUGUGUCCCGGCGCCGUCUCACAGCUUCUCCAUGGGCAGCAGCUGCUUCGUCACCGGCUGGGGCGUCCUCAUGGAGGAUGGUGAGCUGGCCACUCGCCUGCAGGAGGCGCCAGUCAAGAUCAUCAACAGAGGGACCUGCAACAAGCUCUACGAUGAGGCCGUCACUCCCCGGAUGCUCUGCGCUGGAAACCUGCAGGGAGGCGUCGACGCCUGUCAGGGUGACUCCGGGGGCCCGCUGGUGUGUGUGGAGCGCAGCAGGCGCUGGUUCCUGGCCGGGAUCGUGAGCUGGGGCGAGGGCUGCGCCCGGCUCAACCGGCCUGGCGUCUACACACAAGUGGUGAAGUUCACCGACUGGAUCCACCAACAGACUAAAGGUCAGGUGUGACAACGCACCCGUCCAGGACAGGACACCCAUCGCAGCACCGCCGACCAUGUCGGCAGCAGAGCGGAGGAGGAGGAGGAGGAGGAGGAGACCCAGUUUGUUAAGAGCCGGUGCACGCGUUUGUUUUAGCUGUGCCAAUAUAUCUGGAGGACACUGUAUACAGAUAGAGCUGUGUAUAUUUGUUACAUUACUAUCCUGCUCCAAAGUUAUUUUAUACAAA